UAGGGGGUCCAAAUGUAGACAUGCCUAGUAGCCAUCUUUCGGGGCCAUCUUUUGGAGUAAAUGCUCCAAGUUUAGACAUUGAUGGAGCUAAUACAAAUUUUUCAAUGCCAAAAUUCAAAAUGCCAAAUGUUGUCGUAACUGGGCCAAAUAUUGACACUGAUAAACCAGAUUUUGAGAUUCCAACCGGUAAAAUCAGUGGCCGCUUGUCAACAAACUUGGAUGAUCCUUCCAUUAACACGAACAUGCCCAAAAUGAGACUAUCUGGAAAAACGCCAGACAUGGAUUUAGAUAUGCCAGAAAUUGAAGGACCACAACUUGAUCUAAACGGCAUACCUUCUGGUAAAUUAAAGAAACCAAAGUUUGAUUUAAAAAGUUCAUCUUUAGACUUAGAUGCUCCUAAGCUUGUUCGACCCAAAAUCGAUCUUUCUGGUGAUACUAGCCUCAAGACACCAAAAGUUGAUGCAAAUUUACCCAACGCUAGCCCAAAAUCUGCAACUCUCAAUUUCAAUGGCAAAUACAAAGCACCAUCUUUCACAAUGCCAUCGUUUAAUCUCCCAGAAGUAAAAUUACCAGAUUUUGAUGGACCAGAUCUGAAAUCACCAAGUCUCGAUGUGGACUUGCCAUCCCCAAAGCUAAAUUUACCUGAUGCUAAGUUGAAAGCUAAUUCUCCAGACUUUGACCUUAGCAUGCCUUCUGGUAAACUGGAUGUUAAUGCUCCUAAGAUCAAAAAGCCCAAAUUUAAACUGUUUGGCACAGUACCGAAAAAUAAAGAUGUUGAUUUAAAUGCGGGUCUUAAAACACCAGAAAUGAAUUGGAAAUCACCAAAGAUCAGUUUGGAUGGUCCCAGUGCGACUCUCCCCCGAGUGGGAACUCCAAAUAUAGCUGUUGAAUCUCCAGACUUAAACAUAGGUGGAGCAAAAAGCAAAAUCAAAAUGCCCAAAUUUAAAAAGCCAAGUGUAGAUGGUGAAUUGAAAACUCCAGAUUUUGACAUAUCGAAGCCAAAUUUAAACAUGCCAGACUGGGACAUAAGUGGUCCCUCUGGAAAAAUCAAAAUGCCUAAAUUCUCAGGCUCUCUCCCAAAGCCAGACCUAAAUGCAGAUCUGAAAACACCAGAUUUAAGUUUAAAAGGGGGGAUAGAUGGCCCUGAUCUGGACUUGCCUGAUGUGGAUCUAAAGGGUCCUAAUUUAGAUAUGAGCGCUCCAGAUCUCAAAAUUGGUGCACCUAAAGCCAAACCCAGAAUGCCCAAAAUUAAAAUGCCAGAAAUCAAUCUCCCAAGUCUCAAAGGACCCAAGAUUGAUGCUGGUUUAGAUGGUCCUAACAUGGAUCUGAAGAUGCCAAAAGCAGAUCUGGACAUGCCAGAUAUGGAUCUUUCUGGUAAAUUCAGCAUGCCGGACUUCGGUCUCUCAGGUCCAAACUUAGACCUUAAGAAACCUGACUUGAAUCUGUCUGGUCCUAAACUGAGUGGUGGUUUAAAUGGCCCUGACCUCAAUUUAAAAGCUCCCAAACUGGACGUGGGAUCCCCAGACCUGAGUCUGAACAUGCCUUCAGGGAAACUGAAAACACCUCAGCUGGAGGGACCAGACUGGGACAUGAGUGCCCCCUCUGGCAAACUCAAAAUGCCUAAAUUUAAUAUCUCAGGUCCAAAGUUGGAUGCUGAUCUUAAGUCCCCAGACUUUGACCUAAAACCUCCAAAGAUAAAGGGAGGGAUUGAAGGCCCAGACCUGGACCUACCUGACCUCAAAGGGCCUAAACUGGAGGGUCCUGAUCUGAACAUUGAUUCUCCCAAAACUAAACUGAAAAUGCCAAAACUAAAGAUGCCCAAAUUCAGCCUCCCAGGGUUUAAAAGCCCAGAUAUUGAUGGAGGUCUCGAAGGUCCAGACAUGGACAUGAAGCUGAAGGCACCUAAAGCAGACCUCAAUGUAUCUGGACCCUCCCUCCAAAAGCCCAACCUGCACCUGCCUGAUCUGGGUCUGUCCGGCCCAAAGCUGGAGGGUCCAAACUUGGAUCUCUCUGGUCCAGAUCUCAGUGGAGGACUCAGUGGUCCAGACCUGAACGGCCCAAAGAUAAGUGCAGACCUGCCAUCAGGAAAACUGAAAUUCCCUGAGCUCCAGGCUCCAGACUGGGACAUGAAGGUCCCCUCUGGAAAACUCAAAAUGCCAAAGAUGAACCUCUCUGGCACUCUGCCCAAAGGACCAAACAUGGACCUGAGUGCAGACCUGAAGUCUCCAGAUUUUAAUAUGAACACUCCAAAGAUUAAAGGAGAUUUUGACAGUCCAGAUUUAAAUUUAAAGGCCCCCCAAAUUAAAGGAGGAUUACAUGCUCCUGAUAUCAAUUUAAAGACUCCUAAAAUAAAUGGGGGUAUUGACAUCCCAGACUUAAACCUCCCUAAUGUGGACCUUAAAGCUCCUAACAUCGACAUGAGUCCUCCAGAUCUGAAUUUUCCGUCACCCAAAGGCAACUUUAAAAUGCCCAAAAUGAAGAUGCCCAAGUUCAGUCUCUCAGGUAUGAAGGGACCUGAGAUAGAUGGAAAACUGGAUGGUCCAGAUUUUGAUGUAAAUGCUCCAGAUGUGAAUUUAAAAGGCCCAAAAGCAGAUCUGGACAUGCCAGAUGUGGAUCUUUCUGGUAAAUUUAAGAAGCCGAGCUUUAACAUGCCGGACUUUGGUCUCUCAGGUCCAAAUUUAGACCUUAAAAAACCUGACUUGAAUCUGUCUGGUCCUAAACUGAGUGGUGGUUUAAAUGGCCCUGACCUCGAUCUAAAAGCUCCCAAAUUGGACGUUGGCACCCCAGACUUGAGUCUGAACAUGCCUUCAGGGAAACUGAAGACACCUCAGCUGGAGGGACCAGACUGGGACAUGAGUGCCCCCUCUGGCAAAUUCAAAAUGCCUAAAUUUAAUAUCUCAGGUCCAAAGUUGGAUGCUGAUCUUAAGUCCCCAGACUUUGACCUAAAACCUCCAAAGAUAAAGGGAGGGAUUGAAGGCCCAGAUCUGGACCUACCUGACCUCAAAGGGCCUAAACUGGAGGGUCCUGAUCUGAACAUUGAUUCUCCCAAAACUAAACUGAAAAUGCCAAAACUAAAGAUGCCCAAAUUCAGCCUCCCAGGGUUUAAAAGCCCAGAUAUUGAUGGAGGUCUCGAAGGUCCAGACAUGGACAUGAAGCUGAAGGCACCUAAAGCAGACCUCAAUGUAUCUGGACCCUCCCUCCAAAAGCCCAACCUGCAUCUGCCUGAUCUGGGUCUGUCCGGUCCAAAGCUGGAGGGUCCAAACCUGGACCUCUCUGGUCCAGAUCUCAGUGGAGGACUCAGUGGUCCAGACCUGAACGGCCCAAAGAUAAGUGCAGACCUGCCAUCAGGAAAACUGAAGCUCCCUGAGCUCCAGGCUCCAGACUGGGACAUGAAGGCCCCCUCUGGAAAACUCAAAAUGCCAAAAAUGAACCUCUCUGGCACUCUGCCCAAAGGACCAAACAUGGACCUGAGUGCAGACCUGAAGUCUCCAGAUUUUAAUAUGAACACUCCAAAGAUUAAAGGAGGUUUUGACAGUCCAGAUUUAAACUUAAAGGCCCCAAAGGUUAAAGGUGGCAUUGAUGCUCCUAACAUUGAUCUGAGAGCCCCCAAAAUAAAGGGAGGAAUUGAUGCCCCAGAUUUUAAUUUGAAAGCUCCAAACAUCAAAGGAGGUUUGGGCACUCCUGAGCUGGACCUGAAGGCUCCAAAGAUAAAAGGUGGUUUUGAUAGUCCAGAUUUAAACAUGAGAGCUCCUAAACUGGAUGUCAACUCUCCUGACAUCAAUAUGAGUUCACCUAAAACUAACUUAAAAAUGCGCAAACUGAAAAUGCCCAAAAUUAGCUUGCCAGGCAUGAAGGGACCUGACAUAGAUGGAGAAUUUGAUGGUCCUGAUUUAGACAUACAUUCUCCAAAUGUCAACCUCAAAGCCCCUAAAGGUAAAGUUGAAAUACCAGAUGUAGGUUUUAGCAGUCCAUCAGCAAAGGUUAAAAAGUCACAUUUCAAAGUUCCAGAUGUUGGGUUUUCAAGCCCAAAAAUAGAUAGUCCAAAUUUAAAUGUAAACGCUAACUUAAGGACUCCAGAAAUGAAUGUUAAGACUCCGAAGGUUAAAGGAGGAACAUUGGAUCUCAAAGCACCUAAAUUAGAGGUUGGCACACCUAAUUCACCUGAUGUUACAUUUAGAAGGCCAAAAGUCAAAAUGCCAAAAGGACCUAAAAUCGAAGGCCCAGAUAUCAACAUUGAUGCUCCAAAGGGCAAGAUGAAAAUUCCCGAUACAAGUCUUUCAGGCCCAAAACUUAAGGGACCAAAUGUAGACUUGCCUAAUGCUAAUGUUAGAGGGGGUGAUUUAAGCUUGAAUGGUAAUUUGGGCAAUCCUGAUUUAAAUUUGAAAGCUUCUAAAAUUAAAGGAGGCAUCAAUACACCUGAUUUUGAUUUCCAGGGACCUAGUACAGAUCUUGAUUGGGCAGAAGGCAAAAUGAAAAUGCCUUCUAUUAACAUAAAACCACCAGAGUUGACAGGAAACACCAUAUCUCCAAAUCUGAACAUGCCAAAAGCUAGUUUCCGCAAUCCUGAUCUUAACAUUGAUGAUCCAACUUUCCAACUUAAAACAUCUUCACAUAAACAUAGGUCAGAGAUUCCUGGAAGUGUAAAAAUACCCGAUUUAAAUGUUGAUGACAUGGGUUACCAUUUCCAAAACCCUAACGCUAAUUUGAGGGCCAGCUUGCCAGUGAUGGACGGUAACAUUGACUUUACACGUUCAGAUCUAAAUAUAGAUGAUUUCACUGGUAAAGAUCACGUAUUAAGAGCAAGAGCUUCAACCAUGGACCUCCAAACUUCGCAUAAAAUUUCUUCUUCUGGUCUUAAUUUAGAUACAAUUGAUAGUGGUCUAAAUAGAAGAGUUGGAGCAGAUUUGAAUAUGAAAGGUCAAGCGUCAAUGCAAGCCAGUGCGAGUGAUGGCUUCUAUGUCACAGUUUUCUCCAAUCAGACAAAUCAGAAAACACAAAAUCGUAAAUCGUACAGUCUUGGGGGUCUAGACUUCAACCCUGGAAACUUAGACUUAGAAGUUCCAGAGCUUGAUGUGAAUAAAGGGUCAACUUACUUCUUCUCAAACCUUAUCUAAUGCCCUGGUCACAUAGAGAUGGGUAUCUUCAAAAACAGAUUAUGCACAAGGUAGGCUGUAGUUGUAGCACUGACUUUUGUAUGUUUUUGGAAAUAGCCAUAUAUGUGUGGACAAGGCAUGAGUUAAGAUACAAAUUCUGUCAAAUAUUCUUUUGUUAAUUUAUUUGUAAUGCAUAUUUUUGUUAAUGUUUACAGGUUGAAUUUAUUGUACCGUUUUGACACAAUGCCACAUGUAACAAUGCAAUACUGUUUUCUUCAUUUGCACUUUUUAUUAUAUUUUGUGAUAUUAAACCUGCAAUGUGUAUGUUAACUAUUAUUUGUAAAGGUAGUAAUACUUAUACUGUGCCAAAACAAAAGAGUUUUCCAUACUGCCAUGUUUGUACAGUUUUUAAUAUUAAAUCAAAGUCUAUUUCAAAAUAA